UACCACCAUGUCCGAGUCUCAAUCCAAGACAGCGAUCAACAUCAUAUCCGGGAAGCCUCCGUUGGACGAGAGUUAUUACAACCCGGAUGACGAGGAGCUCACCUUCUACAAGUCGCAAACCGGGAUCGCUGAUGACCAGGCCCUGAAGGACCAUAUCACCAGGAUCCAGACGGACGCGUAUGAGACGGUAUAUCCGUACCCGUGCAUUCGUCGAUUUGCCUUCAUGAGGCUCAAAAUAUCGCGUCUGCCGGCCUACCCGAAGCUGUUACGUCUCGGGAAGGAGCGCGAAGGAGCUAUAUUCUUGGACAUCGGAUGCUGCUUCGGAAACGAUGUUAGGAAAGCUAUUGCCGAUGGCUAUCCAAGGGAGAACUGCAUUGCGUCAGACUUGGAAUCAGAUUUCUGGAAGCUCGGACAUCGUCUCUUCAACACUGACCCAGAGACAUUCCCGGUCCCUUUCAUCCCCGGCGACGCCUUUGACCCUAACUUUAUACAGUCUGAACCGCCCUUCUAUUCGCUUCUCGAGUCACCGGCACCGCAGCUGUCUCGGCUCACAACUCUGACACCGCUACUCGGGCAUGUCUCCGCCAUCCACGCGUCUUCGCUCUUCCAUCUCUUCGACGAAGCAAAGCAGCUUCAGCUGGCGCGCGCUCUCGCAGGGCUUCUCUCACCACAACCCGGUUCACUCGUCUUCGGCAUGCAUGGCGGGCGCCAGGAGAAGGGCUUCAGAACUGAACAGGGUGUCCCGGGCCAGACCGGAACGUACAUGUUCUGCCACUGUCCGGAUAGCUGGACGGAGCUCUGGGACGGUGUGGUUUUCGAGAAGGGCACUGUGCGGGUGGAGGCGGAGCUGAAGCAGAUAGAGAGAAGAGACAUUCAGGCGGAACCGGGCACGAAAUUUUACGCGCUCCUGUGGUCCGUGACAAGGUUGUAGAAUAUGGGAUGAGCUGUGUGUAAGAUCGGCUGGCUUGCAUACAAGCGGAUGUGCCGCCAGACGGCCCUCUAUGAAUAGCUUGUACAGGUGUAUACUUAGAGUUUGGCUGUACCUCGGCCAGGAAAGAAGCUCGCUCAUGGAGCAGUUAUGGUGU